AUGAUCAUCCCUCUUCCCAUCAAAAUAUCUCAACAUCACCUUUGUUUUCUGUCAAUUUUGUGGCUUUUCCUAGCCAUUUUGAGUCAUGCCACCCAAUACAACAUCGAGUGCAUCCGUGAGGAAAGAGAAGCCUUACUUCAGUUCAAACGAGGAAUUCAAGAGGACCAUUGUGGAAUACUUUCUUCAUGGGGAGGGCAUGAAGACGAUGGAGGUUGUUGCAAAUGGCGCGGCAUUAUUUGCAACAACCUCACAGGGCAUGUCAUGGCCAUCAAUCUUGGUGGUAUCGAAGCUGGUAAUGACCAUCAUUGUCUAGAAGGUAGAGUGACUACUUCCCUCCUUAAAUUGAAGCAUUUGAAAUAUUUGGAUCUUAGCUUCAACAACUUCUUAGGCCAACCUAUCCCUAAUUUUAUCAGUUCCCUUGCCAAUUUAGAGCACCUUAAUCUCUCAAAUUCCGGCUUUACAGGGAAGAUUCCUCAUGAAUUUGGUAAUCUUUCCCACUUAACAUCUCUUGAUCUCAGUAAUAAUAAACUUGUUGUCAAAAGUUUAGGUUGGCUCUCCCGUCUUACUUCAUUGAGUGUCGUAAACUUAAGUGACAUCGAUCUUAGUGAGGUACAAGACUGGUUACAAAUAGUUACAAACCUCCCUUUCUUAGAGGUCUUAAAGAUGGAUAGUUGUUAUCUUCCUUCAACAAUUCCAUCUUCACUUUCAUAUAAAAAUUCAUCAUCCACCCUUCGUUUCCUUAGUCUUGCUUAUAAUAGCUUUGGUGACCCUUCGAUAUUUCAAUGGUUGUUCAACUCGAGUGGAGUCAGUACUCACCUAGUCCAUCUUGACCUCUGUGAUAACUCACUUCCUGGUUCCAUCCCAAGUGGUUUUCGAAAAAUGCAUUCGCUUUCAUAUCUUGACCUCUCUUCUAAUGCAUUUGAAGGCCAUAUUCCAAAUUACUUUGGAGAUAUGCAUUCCCUUUCACAUCUUGAUCUCUCUGCUAAUAACUUGAGUGGUUCCAUUUCUAGUUGUUUUAAAAAUAUGCAAUCCCUAUCAUACCUCGAUGUCUCUGGUAACUUACUUGGAGGUCAAAUUCCUGAAAUGAUUUCGAGCCUAAAACAUCUCAUUCACCUCGAUUUGUCUUGGAAUAACUUUCAUGGACGCGUUCCAAAAACCAUUGGUAAGUUAUGUAGCUUACAAUUCUUGGAGUUAAGCUACAACAAUCUCACAGGAGAUCUUACUGAUGUCAUCCAAAUCUUAUCUGUGUGUUCUCACAAGUCACUGAGGUUUUUUGGCUUGGAAAACAACCAUUUUUGGGGGACAAUUCCUAACACUAUCGAAACAUUUUGA